AUGAAUACCGCCACACCCCCCUGCCACCUCGCCCCAAUCAACCUGCACUCGCCCGCCGACUUCGCCGAGAUCCACCGCCAACGCCAGAUCUGCGGCUGGGACCACGACCUCCCCAAGCUAGAAAGCUGGAAGCGCAAGCAAGACGAAGGCCUGAAGAGGUUCUACUGGCUCUGCAUCCCGGACCCUACAGCAGCAGCAGCCCCAGCAACCCCCUCCACAGAAGCCAGUGAGGAAAAAAAAGUAGUCUACGCCGGCCACAUCUCACUAGACGCGUACAGCGACCCCGCAGACGAGGAACUCGCCCGCGCCGACCGCGCCGUCCUCACCAUCCAGACCCUCUUCAUCCUCCCGGCGUACCGAGGCCUGGGGCUGGGCAGCCGCGCCAUGGACCUCGUCGAGGCGCUGGCGGCCACCACCGAGACGCAGUGCCGGUGGCUGGCGCUGACGACGCUGAGCGAGCGCCAUUAUCUGGAUGAGUCGCCCGAGGGGACCGGGGUGUGGGCCCGCACGGGCGCCGAGCCGCCCGUCAUGGGGUGCAAUCAGUGGUGGUAUGCGCGGCGCGGGUAUGUGUUGUGGAAGGAGGAGCCGAGGUGGAGGGAGGUCGGGGUCGCCGGGGAUGAGGUCGUGUUUUAUGCGGCGUUUAUGCGGAAGGAGUUGGCGGGGCUGAGGGGGGGUGUAGUUGUUUCGGAGUAG